UUCAGGUGACAAUGUUGCCAAACAGGACAUAGUAAACAGAAAAAACCUUAUACUGACAUCAUUACAAUGGUGGUUUGGAAUUCUACAGAAGCUGUGUUUAAUACAGAAGAUGGAGAACUGAUAUUACACAGCAGACAUCCUUUCACAAUAAAUAAAAAGAUUCCAAAGAUUGUUGGCGCUGUGUCUAUAUUGUUGAUCCAAGAUGGAGACACAGUAGAACCAACCUUAGCAGGUGUAAUACCACAGUUUACAAGAUCUGGUGGCUCUGUUAUUGAUUUAAGUGGUGUAGAAGAUGAAACAGGAUCAUCACAUAAUCCAAAGUUUACAAUACCAGCUUCACUAUCGUUUGUUCCUAUGCCAUCUGUAUUUGGAGGACAUUUGAAGCCAAAUAUUCCUUCUGAUAUACUAGAGACAUCAUCAUCUGGUAUACAACAUCACAGAACAAAUUCUGAGACAGCAGCUGUUCCUAAAUUCUCAUCUGGCUUGUCAAGGUCUACUCUCGAAGGUUUUGGCUCUGCAAAUGAAGCAAUAACAAGCCCUUACUCUUACCAGAAAUUUUCAGAAUCAUCAGAUAAACAUCAUACAAAUCAUAUCUCAAAAAAUGUUUCAAAUAUGUCACCAAAAAAUCAUCAUGAAAACCGAAAUCAGACUGAAAAGUAUAUAAGACUUGAACCAAAAAUAGAUAUAUCUGUAAAUGAGAAAGAUUUAGAUUCCAGGAGUAAUCAGUUGAACAGUUUGAUAGCUCCUGUAAAUAAUGGUUUUGAUUCAACUCUACCAAGUACUGUUAGUGUUUAUGAUGUUCAAGAUUCCAACAAGUCAGCAAGUGAGAGUGUGCCUGCACAGGGCAUGUUGUCAGAUUUAGGGGCUGAACAUUCCAUUAAACAAAACAAUAAGUCUUUAAAGCAGAUAAUUCCAGAGAAAAUUCAUGAACCAUCACACAAAGUACAUGAUUUUAUGUCAAAAGUUAGAAACCAACAAAGAAGUCAGCAAAAUGCUAAAAAUAUUCCAAGGUGCUUGACUUGCAAUGUACGGCUUGGUACAUACAAGGAACUUAUAAAUCAUAACACUGUUCACGGUAAAUCCAGUGUCUGUCCUGUUUGUAAUAGGUUUUUCACCACAAGAGGUAGUUUUAUCAGACACAGCAUUGCUCAUAUGCAAAAGCGCAGUUUUCCAUGUCCAUGUUGUUAUGCUUGUUUUACACGGAAAGAUAAUUUAAAGCGUCACUUUAACGUUACCCAUAAGAAUACAGAUUGGAAACCAGUAGAUACACAGAACUUGGAAGAAACGGUACAAAGUGGUUCUAAAAAUUUAACUGAACAAGAUGAAAUGUCUGGUGUAUUUUUAGGUGAUAAACCAUCUAGCUUUUCACCUGUUUUCCCAACAUUUGAACAACCUACGAAAGGUUCAAGUGUAACCACUGCAACAUCAUUUAAUGAUAAAACUUCUAAGUUAAAUUCCAUUGUUGAUAAUCUGCAUUGCAAGAAGAAACUGCCUGUGUUAAGAUCCAUAUUGACCAUGAACCAUAAGGGACCUAUUGGAACACAAAUAUCUAAACAACUAAAACAUGUUGAUCCUUUAAGCACUGAAAAUUUGGAAAUUGAUUUAGAAGAGAGUAAUUUUGAGAAAAAUGCUGGAGUGAAUUACAUGUGUAGUGCAUGUAAUAUUGGUUUCCAUUCCCUUGCAGAGAUGAAAGCGCAUAUAGUAAGAACACAUGGAGAAGAUGUAGCUAAUGACCAAAUAUCAUCUGAAGAUGAUUCUAAAGACCAGAUUGAUGAAUUUGAAAACACAGAUCUCCAGGGUAGAUCUUUGAAUGAAAAAGAACAAGGUAUAAGUGACUAUGAUGCGUGCCCUGAAAUUGUAAUUAAAGAAGAUCAAACAUUUGAAGGACAACAAGUGGAUGAAUUUUUUAAUUCCAAUGUGUUUGAUAUUGGAAGAAUUGAAAGUAUGAAAUAUGAUAGUGACACUUCAAAAAGAACAUCUGAAGUUCAGAUGCCAUCAAAUACUGAACUACUGUUGAAUCCAUCACAAAUCAAACAAGAAUCUGAAAUAGAUUUAGAAAGCUGGAUCAAGUGUCAGUCCCUAUAUGAUAGUUCUGAGAAGGAAGAAAAUGAAAAUUUUAUUGAAAUUAAACCAGAAACAGGGACUUGUGGUACUCAGAUAUACCAAAAUCAGUCACAGCCAAGUUCUUUAACCUUACCAGAAACAGAUGCUUUAUUUGCAAAACAUUUAUAUGAACCCGGGAUUAGUCAGAACAAACACAAUCAUGUUGUUCAAAGGCCAAAACAAAAAGAGACAGAAAGUAAACCAAAGAAACGUAGGAUUGCCCUACAUAGUGAAUUGACUGUAUGUCGACUAUGUGGUAUGUAUCUUGACUCAGGGGCACAAGUUGUCCAACAUGGAACACAACAACACCCUGGCCAGUUAGAUGCAGCUACAUGUGUCGUCUGUUUUACAAAGCUCAGUGGGUAUGAUUCUCUUUACCGUCAUUGCCAGUUGCAUUUUGGUGUCAUGUUUUCAUGUCAAUAUUGUAAAUCUAAGUUCACAAGAAAAGAUAAUCUUACAAGACAUAUAAAGAAUACACAUCCCGAUCAAAGAAAUCUUAAUGAAACAGCUUAGUUUUUUAUGUUGAGGGAGUAAACCAUGGUCAUAGGAGAUAACUCUGAAUCAGAAAUAUGUUUGUAAAAGAAAGGCUAUUCAGUGCUUUAUUAAAACAAAUGUAGCAUUUGUAUGACUGAGAAUUAAUUAUAAACUGUGCUACUUUGAAGUGUAGAAGGUAUUAAGAAAAUAGCUCUGACACAAACAUACUUUGAUUUUUAAGAUUUAUGUUUCUUAUCCUAGUUCUACCUUCAUAAGUCACAAAGUUUUUCACAAACAAACUGAUAAUUACACGAUAGAAAAGUCCAGGAUAGUUGUUUUAAUUUGAAGGUUGAAAAGUAAUGUUGUGUUACAUUUUUCUAUGCAUCCUCCUAAUACUAGUAUUUCACACAGGCCAAUUUAGCAAAUGGAAUGAUUUAAAUAGAUUUCCACUUUGAAAUUUGACCACACUCUUCUAUUUUGACCUCCUCACUCUGUUCAAAACUUAUCUUUAGUCGACACCACCCAUACGUUGAUGUUUCCAUGCAGAGACGUUGUUUUGAUCCCAAACCUGAUUUCUGACGUUAUUACAUGACUUUUGUGUGUAAAAUGAAAUCCAACAUGGACAGUUUAUCUUGGAACAUGAAGUAUAGAAUCAUUAUGAGGCUUAUACGUGUUCAACAUCAAUAAAUCCAUUUAUCUUUAUUUUCUUGAAUAUAAAUAUAUUUUCAUUAAAUAUAGCAUUUAACAUGAAAAACUCAUGUUAUUUUUAGAAAAAAAUAAAAUCUUUUCUGGCUUUUGCAUGACCUUUCUUUAAAAUAAUCGUCUGUCAAAAUGAAAUUUUGUCAGGCAAAACUCAGGAGAAGGAAAGUUAUCUGACAUUGUCUUAUUCAACUUAAAUUAUACUCCCGUGAGGUAAAAGACAGGUAGACACUGAUAAUGCUACAUGUAAAUAACCUUUUAAAACUGCAAAUUUUGAAAAAUGUCAAGUUUAUUUUCAAUUUUUUUAUUUUGGCUUACUGAACACAUGAGUAGUUCAAUUGAUAGCAGUGAGAUUAUUAAAGUUAGAAUAAAAACUGAAAGUUUAAAUUUUUCUUUGUUUUUAAUGUGAAAGUUCCAUGAAAAUCAUGGAAGAAAUUUAUAAGACACUAUUAAUCUUUAUGUUGUUAUUUUGACACUGUUUUGGGUGACUUGUUUAACUGUUUGACCUAGCUAACAGACAGUAACACAGCACACAGUACACAAAAAUAUAAUCACUGCAGUGUUGACAUUUUUCUAAUCUUUUAAGGUAAUACAUGUAUAUGAAUAAAAGGAGAUCUAUGUGGGUUGUGUUUAAUUUUGUUUUUUUGAAACUUGCACAAUAAUAUUGUGAACUGUUGUGAUGUUUCUUUGAAGUUUGAGGAAAGAGAGGUUAAAUGUUGAUUUUUUUUUUAAAUUGCUGAACAAAGCCAUUAAUAUAUAUUGUCUCGCCUUGACAAAGUCAAAAAGCGAGACAUAGGUAUGCUUUAGGUAUAGGCGGCGGCGUCAGGGUCAACAAUGUAUUAGUUUGUGAUUAGGUCUAGUUUAGUGGUGAAACACUAGUGGUAGGUCAAUGAAAUUUGGUAUGCAGUUGUAUUAGCAUUGGCAAAUCUCAUUACCAUGCAGAUUAUUUGGCCCUGCGCCCUCAGUCAUGGUCUAGUGACUUCUAAACUUUACUUAGUUUACAUGUAUUAGUUUGUGAUUAGGUCAGUUUAUGGGGAACCACUAGUGGUAGGUCAAUGAUAUUUGGUAUGCAGUUGUAUAAGCAUUGGCAUAUCUCAUUUCCAUGGAUAUUAUUUGGCCCCGCCCCCUCAGUCAUGGUUUAUUGACUUUGAAACUUUUGCUUAUUUUACUUGUAUUAGUUUAUGAUUAGGUCAGUUUAAGGGGGACUGUUAGUGGUAGGCCAAUGUUAAUUAGUAUGCAGUUGUAUAAGCAUUGGCACAUCUUAUUUCCAUGGAGAAUAUUUGGCCCCGCCCCCCUCAGUCAUGGUCUAUUGACUUUGAAACGUUUGCUUAGUUUACAUAUGUAUUAGUUUGUGAUUAGGUCUGUUUAAGAUGAACCACUAAUGUUAAGUCAAUGAUAUUUUGUAUGCAAAUGUAUUGGCAUUUGCAAGUUUCAUUUCCAUGGAGAUUAUAUAACCCCACCCCCUAAUUAUGGUUCAUUGACUUUGAAACUUUUACAUAGCUUACAAGUUAAUGUUUGUGUUUAGGUUUGUUUAAAGGGAACGACUUAUGAAAAGUCAAUGGUAUUUGGUAUGCAAUGGUAUUAGCAUGGACACAUCUCAUUUCCAUGGAGAUUGUUUAGCCCUGUACCUUCAGUCAUGGUUCAUUGACUUUGAAUAUUUGCAUAACUUACAUGUUAAAGUAUUGCUAUUUUAAUUUCAACAUUUGCAUUAUCAAAAUAACAAAUAGGCGAGACAUAUCUCUGUGAUAACAGUUUAUGUUUAGUAAAAAUUUACAUGAUACAUGUACAUGUAUUCAUAUGUAAGCGUCGAUCAAUUGUUCUAAAACACUUAUGAAUACAAGUCACACUGUACCUGAAGAUCUGUAAUAGCAGUGAAAGCACUAGUAAAGGGAUGAAAUGAAACCAUUAUUUCUUUUAUUCAUUUUCUUAUAUGUAUAAACCAGCAUACAGAUUCUAUUGAACAUUUCUUUAUAUAUAUGUUCAUUACAUUGUUCAGGGGUCAAUCAAAGAUUUUGGUUUAGAGGGUGACAAAUGACCUUAGUUUUUCCUGAUGUCUUUUUUUUUUUUAUUCCAAUUUUCAACUUCAUGAGAAAAAAUCUCUUUAUCUGAUCAUCAUUUGGAACAAUACCUGAGUGUCAGCUAUAUAAGUUUCACCUUGACCGUUCAAGUGAUUCCUAUUCCAAAUUUCCUAUAUUUGAGCUACCGUCAUCGUAACAGUAAAAAGUUUGUCAGUAACAUUUCUUUAACAAAAAACUUGCCAUUUAUUGUCAUGUGGUGUACCAAAUUUCAAGCCUCUCUUCAGAUUUUGCCCAAAUGUGGGCAUGAUAAAUGGACAUUGAAGUUUUUAUUUCAACAUACCAGUAUAUCUGAUAUUCCCUGUACUUAUGAUUGAUGAAGGAUACUUAAAACUCCCAUGAGUGUCAUGUGUCACUUAAUCGCGCCAGAUUGAUGAACGAUAUAUUCAUAUAUUGUAUGUCAUACUUAUUAAAUGAAAUUUACUGAAGAUUUAUUUUAUUUGAUUCCAUUUGGUCAACAAAUCUUUAUGAAUCCAUUUUUUUUUUUUUAUUAUUAUUUUAGAUGUUUCAUGUUAUUCUUUGAUUCUCCAUGUCGAUUUUUGUGUAAUGAUUCCAUUUGUUAUUUAUAUAUUUGUAAACAUUCCAUUUUUUUUGUGUAUAUUUCUCAUAUUUAUGUUGUGAACUUUUACAUUAUAUUUAGUAUUGUUAUAUAUAAAGAUUAAAUAUGUUGUUAUUUGUA